AUGAGGCCAUUCUACACGAUGCUACUAGCCCUCGCCCUUGUGCUGCUCUGCUCAGAUGUGGCGACGAAGGCAGUGACGGCAAAUGGCGGUGGCGCCACUGCGACUGUGACCCCCAUGGACUGCAAGGUGCUCCCGACCAUCCCCGGCAUAUUCAAUCCUAAGAAGUGCAUGGAGGACUGCCAGGGCGGCAUCGGCCGUAGCUCGGUGGGCGAGUGUGUUUCCGACGGAUGCCAGUGCACGUACUGCACUAUCCCGCCUCAUGGUCGUCGGAACUGA